AGAAAGUUUCGAACUGUUAUGGGUAAUAGACUUACAUCUGACGUUGACGUUGAUUCCCAAAUUCCUCUGGCGUCUAAUAGACGCCGAGCAUUAUCAGUUUUCACUGGCGAGAUGCAUUUGCAGAGAGGUAUCUUAUUAAACAAAAAGGUGAAGGUCGUAUAUGUAACGUAUUUUUAUUUUAUAUAGCAGCCCUACUAGAGAGGCAAGGUGAGCAGAAUAACUCGACGCCUUUUGCUGCUCCUGUUUAUCAGCAAGUUUGGCGAGAAAAAAGGCAUUCAUUAGUGACAGCAGACGAUAUAAUAAGGGUAUCAGAGACGAAUGACAAAAGUAAUCGAUAUAACAUUUCGAUCAAUGCAGGUAGACCGUGAAAAGAUGACGACAGGAGAGCGACAGAGACCUUGUCUACAUAAUGAUGACAGUUUCUAUGCCAAACUUGAACAACAAAUGAGACAAGCUACCAAUAAUAAUAAACGCCCUAAGAGAAAGAUCUGCAAGAGACUUAUUGUAUUACAGAGUGAUACUGAUUGGGAACACAUGAGAACUUGGAUGGCUUGGUAUGAAGCAAAUAUGGAAAAACAGUAUGUUGAAUUACAAAAAUCAAGCGAAGAACCAGCCGAAGAACCAUCGCAAACAACAACGCAAAUACCGAUUAUCAAUGUGCAAGAGGACGACAGUUGA